CACCGGCCGGCCCUGCCUGCGCUUGCUCUCUAGUCUAGUGACUAGGCCAGUUAACCUCGUCUCCUCCCCCUUCCCUGCGGCUUCUUCUUCGUCGUCUCCUCUUCGCCUGCGCUCCCCUCCCCUGGUCCGUCCCGCCCGGUUGCCCAAUUCCCGCCGCGGCAGGAAGCAGCUCCCGGUAAGGUGAAGUUUGAGUCAAGGAGAAGUUGGAUUAGUCUGCACAAGUGCUCGAUGACAGAUCAUUUUCCUCUAAGCGCUCUUCUUUUGUUGCUGUUAAGUACUACUUGUUUCAGCUCAGACCUGGAUGUCCAAUGCUUGAGAGACAUAAUGAAAUCAGUGAUUGAUCCUAAUGGUAUACUCAAAUCCUCAUGGAUUUUUGAAAAUAACACUGUGGGUUUUAUAUGCCGAUUUACCGGUGUGGAGUGCUGGCACCCAGAUGAGAAUCGAGUCCUUUCAUUGCACCUCAGCAACCUUGGUCUUCAGGGUACAUUCCCUCAAGGUCUUAAGAAUUGCACCAGUAUGACUGCGUUGGAUCUGUCAAGCAACAACUUUACAGGCCCUAUUCCUCCAGAUAUCUCUCUGCAAGUGCCAUUUUUGACAUCGCUAGACCUCUCCUAUAAUGGUUUCUCAGGAGAAAUUCCAGUACUUAUCUAUAACAUUACGUACCUAAACACCCUUAAUCUUCAACAUAACCAAUUGAGUGGUCAAAUUCCGGGGCAGUUCAGUUUAUUUGCUCGGUUACAAUCACUCAACGUUGCUGACAACCGACUAUCAGGGACUAUUCCUCCUACUCUUCAGAAAUUCCCACCAUCAAACUUUGCUGGUAAUCCAGGACUGUGUGGACCUCCAUUAGGUGACUGCCAGGCUUCAGCAAAGAGUAAGAGCAACGCAGCAAUCAUUGGAGCUGUUGUUGGCGUGGUGCUUGUUGUCAUAAUUGGUGCAAUAGUUGUGUUCUUUUGUCUGCGGAGAAUACCAGCCAAGAAGAAGGCAAAGGAUGAGGAUGACAACAAGUGGGCAAAGAGUAUCAAAGGAACAAAAACCAUCAAGGUCUCUAUGUUUGAGAACCCAGUUUCAAAGAUGAAAUUAAGUGAUCUCAUGAAGGCCACUGACCAAUUCAGCAAAGAGAACAUCAUAGGUACUGGGAGGACAGGGACUAUGUACAAGGCAGUGCUACCUGAUGGUUCCUUCCUAGCCGUCAAAAGGCUACAAGAUUCACAGCAUUCUGAAUCCCAGUUCACAGCAGAGAUGAAGACACUUGGCCAAGUAAGGCACCGGAACUUGGUCCCUCUCCUUGGAUUUUGCAUUGCCAAGAAGGAGAAGCUGUUGGUGUACAAGCACAUGCCCAAAGGCUCACUCUAUGGUCAGUUAAACCAAGAGGAAGGUAGUAAGAUGGAUUGGCCUCUGAGGUUAAGAAUUGGCAUCGGUGCAGCAAAGGGGCUUGCAUAUCUCCACCACACCUGCAAUCCUCGAGUUCUUCACCGCAACAUCAGCUCCAAAUGCAUCCUCUUGGAUGAGGACUAUGAACCAAAGAUAUCAGAUUUUGGACUUGCUAGGCUCAUGAACCCAAUAGACACCCAUCUCAGCACUUUUGUCAACGGUGAAUUCGGAGAUCUCGGUUACGUGGCACCCGAGUACGCUCGAACUCUGAUGGCUACACCGAAGGGUGACGUUUACAGCUUUGGUGUAGUUCUCCUCGAGCUCAUCACUGGCGAGAAGCCUACCCAAGUUUCCACGGCUCCAGAGAAUUUCAGAGGGAGCCUAGUGGAAUGGAUCAAUUAUCUUUCAAACAAUGCACUCCUCCAAGAUGCCAUCGAUAAGUCGCUGAUAGGAAAGGACGCUGAUGGCGAGUUGAUGCAGUUCCUGAAAGUCGCGUGUUCCUGCACACUUGCCACCCCGAAGGAGAGACCGACCAUGUUUGAAGUUUACCAGCUCCUUAGAGCCAUUGGCGAAAGGUACCAUUUCACUGCCGAUGAUGAACUGGUGCUUUCACCUCUUAACACAGACGGCGAAACCCUGGACGAACUCAUCGUUGCCAAGUAAUUGCCAACCCAUAUGUCGCCCAAAGGCAAACAACAAGACUGCGAGGUUAUUCCUUUUUUCCCCCUCCAUGGGAGUUAGCAUAUGCUGGAGUGAGUAAGGAGGCUUAUAAGAUGCCCCAAUUAGUAGCAGGUACUUCAUCCGCUGUAUAGUUCUUGUAGCUUGGUUGUUACCCACCCUUGGGAGGUGCUAGUGGCAAUUUGCAUGUAACCAAUUUGGUGACGAGGAAGUUGUUACUUGUAAGUUUGUUACCCUUGGCCUUGUGGCAUGGGGUUUUACUGUCAGUAUGCAGUGGCUCUUUGGUAAAGCCAUUUCACGUUAAACUAGUAUGUAGUUUGUACCAGAGAUUUAGCAAAUCUAAGCAUACGAACGUAUGCGUGAAAAAUGAAAUGGUAACUCACAGUAAGAUUCUUUAGCCAA